GUCUGUGGGAGGAGACGGCAGACGACGUUGUGUUACGAUCUUGUUGAGGAACAGUAGUUGCUUUUCACAGAAUGACCUACCGCUUACUUGGAGAACACAUGAACAGCUCCUCACUGGCGUGAAGGUACGACCAUGGCGUGUGGGAAGAGUGCUGCUCUUCUACUCUGCUGGUUGGUUUUCGCAUGGCUUGGCGUGCUGCCAGAGUGUGCCGUAUCUUCUCGCUUAGAUGAAGGUGAAGGUGGCCCUGCAUCUCAACAGCAUGCUCGGACAAUGACGAAAAUGAGAAGUGAAUCAAACUGGGAUGAUACCGGCCAACAUCUCGAACAAGGCGGGGCAGGACGAGAAGGAGAGCGGCAAUCCGUAGCAACGAUGGAUGGAGCUCGCUUUCUUGCAUUCGAAGAGUCGGCGUGCGACUUGUAUAGCUAUGACAUGAUGUUUGGGGGUCGACGAGCAAAUGAUAUGCGUCAGGAAACAGGUGGACUUUCAGCUGAGGUGCUAAUCCGAACUGUUGAGCAAACGUCGACGAGACCUGAUGUUUGGCUGAGGGAAUUAACAAUUAUUCGACCCAGACCAUGUGUGCGCGGGCACUGUCAAGGAGUGGGCACAAAGCUGGAAAAGGAGUUAUCUGAUGAUUUGUUUUUCGAGCAAGAUCACGUUGGUCACAUCACCCAAAUCUACCACGAGGACGAUGAGAAAUCCAACUCCCUCAUCCUGAAGAGAGGUCUGCUCAGUGUACUGCAGUUGAAUCUGACAGGAGUGCACCAGGGUGGGUAUACUGUACAGGAGACGGGUGAGAGUGGCCGCUACAGAGCGAACUAUACGGUGCACUCCAUGUCUCUCGAUGUCAAUGGACAAGCCAAUGUUCAAAUGACCAAAUUAAUUGAUGGCAGGGAUUUCAUUGACUUUGCCCACCCGUCAUGGCAGUAUGGAACGACAACAGCCAAAUACAAAUUUGACAUUGGCAUCCUGAAUGGAAUACUUGACACAGUAUCAUACAGCUAUAUCAAUCAGCCCGUGGCUCCAGUGAAGGAACGCCAGCAUCAAACAUCUACGUCGUUCUCGGCUGAACUGGAAAUAUUUGGCCGUGGAAAACUGACUCGCAAAGGCAGCUGCGAACCAAGACGGCACAGGCGUGCGCAACCUGACUACGGGUUUGUGAAGCAACUGUACAACAAAGCCACUCUCAUGCAUACUGUUGAUCCAGCUGAGCUCACCUAUACGAAGCAUCCGCGCAACAAAGGUACUGAUGAGGAAGAACAGCAGCUGUCAGCUGGCCAGCAUCUCAACAGCUUCAUGACCUGCCUGCAGUAUGCGGAGGAUGACCAUCAGUCGGGGCACUGUCUACUGCAAGCGGGUAAGCAAGCAGACGCCAAUGAGGAUGUGGUCCAAGAGGCUAUUGACAGGCUGUGUGCUGGCCAUUUCUUUUCCACUAGUGACAUGCGUAUACUACUGACCGUCACUCAAGAACGGCUAGCUGCGCAAUUCUGCCUUGCCAGACUCCUACUCAACAGCACUGUUAGCCAUGAAGUUAUAGGCGAUAUACUGCUGGAGAGUCAGUUUUCACAAGACGUUCAUCCAAGGCUUGUUGACUCGGUUUUUGCAACCGCGACAGAGCAUACCAACUCAACUCUUCGGAUCUCGGCCACUGUUGCUCUCGGUUCAAUAAGCAAUCGAAUUCGACAUCAACAGCCUCAGACUCAUACCUCGAUUUUAAAUCACCUCCAGCGGCAACUCGUCCAGACUCCUCGCUACAUUGACAGUGACUACGACAGUUCCCAUCACGUUCAAGUUCACUUGGCUGCGUUGGCUAAUUCACGUGAGUGCCCUGCAUUCUACAGCAUACUUCCAUGGGUAAACAGCAAAGAAAUCUCCGUACGGCAUACUGCUCUGCGUGCUUUGGUGCACUUCAACUGCUCCAAUAUUGAAGAUCUGUAUGCCAGAGAGCUUGCACAUGACAAUUCCACCAAAGAAGCCAAGACUAUAAUCGUACAGAGCCUGCACCAUCGCCACGAGAAGUUUGGUGUGAAAGCCUCUACCCUGCAACUGCUACGCCAGCAUGCAUUGGCAGAAAUCGGUGUGGAAAGUGAGCUUCAGAAUGCACUCAGGUACUUCUACGAGGAAAACAACAAACUCUCUGACGAGGAUCUGACAUUCUGGCACAACCUGCAACCAACAGCAUCAAAGAUACAAGACACAAGAAAGAGAAUGAAGAGGGAUCUUUCAAUCAAGGAUUUUCUACAGCCGCUGAUGGAUGAACGGCUGGGUAUCGCUAAGGUUUACCAGAAAGUCAUGGGCUUCAAGUAUGCAGCUGGGCGUCAACGACUGACACUGCGCAACCUGCUCAAUCUGUAUGCUUCAAUAUUUGAUGGCAAAAUGGAGAUUGACAUUUUCAAUGAAGCCCAAGUGAAGGUUACAUUCUUAGGCAUCAUAGAUGAGGUUCUGAUUGAGGGCGUAGCGGCGUUCAAUGCAGCACUUAGCUACAAAAACCCGAUACAAGCUCACCUGCUAGAUGCUCCCUGGAGACUCAUCAAGACAGUGGUAAUGGCAGAGAAGUUCACUCUGGAUGCUGUACUGGAGAAUCUCAACAAAUUUGGAAAUCUACUCAGCACUUACAGACUGCUAACUGGUGGAGCCUUCUCAACAAAUCCACUGACCGAAUUCCUUCCAUCUGCACGUCAAUUCGUGCAAAGCCUGAAUGGUGCACUACCUGCCACAAAUGUUGCCAAUCAAAUGUAUUCAGCGACAGACAAGGUUGUUCAACAACUGCCGGACAUGCAGUUUCUAGCAGACUCAUCUCGAUCUCUUUCGACAAUUGGUCUCUCCAUACCAACCCAACUGAAAAAGAAGGUCAUGCUUAUUCAAUCGGACACCAGUUCUAUUAGUGCAUCAGCAGCAGAUGUCUCAACGGCAAUCACCGACAUCCUAGCCGGAAUGAGAGAUCCAGAUCUACCAGUUCCUGAUACGGCCAUGGAAGAUGCAGUUCAGUCAGCCAACGCAGCUGGGGCAAUCUGCCGAGAUAUUACCGUGUCUUCGUCUUCGCUAGGAAGCCUUAAAGACAAGUUCGUACCGGUAAACAAGCUCAGAGAUCAAGCAAAAUCAUUUUCUUCAGCAAUCCUGUGGGACCAGAGUUUGGCAAGUUCCAUGAAUUCACAACUUCAGCUUCUGAGCAGCUCGUUGAUAAGUACCCAAAGAGCAAUUACAGACUUUUCAAGUAAAGGCCUCUCUCCAGCAACCCCUGCCAGCGAGCGUACUGCUGUGAAGGACGAUUUUGUGAGGGCUAUUACGUCCAUUAAAACUACAUUGGACCAAGUCGCCAGUAACCUGAUCCCUCUACAGAAUGUCAGCAGUGAAAUACGUGCAUUCUACAAUGUUCUCCAGACAACUGGACUCACUGCCAUAUCUGACAUCGCAGCACAAUCAGUUCAUGUAAAAUCUGAACUGAGCCAAACGUCCGUAUCAAUGGCAACAUCGGCAUCCUCAGCGAUUACGAGCUCCAUAGGCAUGCUUCAGUCCGCCAUUUCAACAGCAGAGGCACAAACUGACUUUGUGAUGAGAAAAUCAACAGAGGCGCUGAAAAAUAUCAGGCACGACAUGUACAGAUUUCUUGACAACACCACCAGUGUUUUCCUAGCAACUGUUCGACACGCCGGGAAGGAUGUGGUCUUUUCACAACUUCUGGAUACGGCUGGAACCCUACUGAAGUCGCAACUGCAGAAACUAACAAAGCUUGUCAAAAGCGCCACCGUUUUGACACUGAAGUCCUCUAUACAGAAAACAAUGGCUGUUCUGCAGAAGAGCAAUUAUGCUGCGACAAAGUUGAUUGUAGAUUCAAUGUCUGGAGGGCUGAGCAAGCUGACUCAAUGGGUCAUGGAUAAAAACUCACAAAGUCUGUUCAGCAAGGUGUCACAACUUUCAAGGGACCUCAGAGAGGGCGCAGCACACUUCAUUAAGUACGUCGCAAAUUUGGAUUUCAUGGCAGAUUCAACGAGGAGUUUCGUGGAGAGGGGUGAAAACAUUGUGUCGGAGGGCCCUCGGAUCAAGAUGGUAGCUGGUUAUCUGAUCGACUUCAGCAAGAGUGUUCAAGUUGUGACGCCCUUACAAGCGCUUCACAGUAAGGCCAUGAAUCUGACAUCAUCCACCAUUGCUCAAGCUCUCUCUGGAACACGGCGCAUUGUCUCAUCAGUGGGCACCAGCCUUACUGUUGCUCCUCAACUGCAGCAUCUUCUAACCGACUUUAGGUCUCAAGCAGAGGCACUAGUGAAAAAAGGACUCCUGACUGUUGAAGACAAUAUGAAUAACUAUGCCAUGGCGUUGCGCUCAACUGCCAAGGAAGCCAAGUCUGUCCUUGCUCUGGCAUCAGAAUUUGUUCGGUACAAACAGCAAACAGCUCAAGUUAGUCCACUAUUGCAGCCAAUACAAGCAUCAUCUGUUGUGGCCCAUGACUUGCAGAGAACUCUAGCGAUCUCAGUAAACAGCACUGUUCCCGCAAUUGUUAAGUACGGCAGCGACUUCAACGCCUUGAAGAUCUCCAUGCAGGCACUCAUCGAUGAUCAUCUGGGAAACUUAGACGCUUACAUCAACUUUGUAUGCCAGCCUGAUGCCGUGUGUGCAACUGACCUGGUCAAACAUGACCUGACUGUCAUCACGGCUGCUUCAACUCAACUACAAAAUCAUGUACAGGGUAUCGCAACAUUCCUGAUGUCUGGUAAAGCUGCUAUACAGCUGAAGGCAAAUACACUACUGACAAACUUACAAGCACUGCAGCCACUGAAUGCUAAGAUGGCAGCUAUCAUUGGCAACUUCUCUCAACUACUAGCCACAGCAAAGAGCGGUCUUCCGUCAAUUUUCUCAAAAUCGCUGAGCAACCUCAAGUCCAGACUUGCCCAAUUGAAAGAUAUCUCGCCAUCAACCUUAUCAGCAGCAGUCGACUCCGGUGGCUUUGUUGACAACAUGGUAGGAUUCACAGGCAACAUUGAUAAGCUCUGUUCAUUUGCCAAUGACCUUUCCAGCCUCGGUCUUGGCAAAACACAAAGGGAAUGGGAUUCUGCAGCCUCCUUUUCCCAAGCUGUGAAGACUUUUACUGAGAGUGAUGCGUCCCAGAAGUACAAAGCAGCUGCAAACCAACUGGUCCAGGCAAGUGCAGCCAUUCGAAUGUUCAACAAAAUCUUUGGACCGCAGGUGGUGUCGUCGACCAGCAGUCUGAUCCACGCUAUCCAAUCAGUGCCAGUCGCUCUACUUAAUGCCACUCUGAAAGCAUUUGCAGGGCUGCAAUGGCAAAAUCGUCCUGUGGACAAGUCCUCGUUUACUCCCUGGAAGCAGUUGCCGCAGUGUUCAGCCAAAGUGUGUGUUCGGCAGAUUCCAGUUGUGAAAAAGGACUAUGAUGGGUUGCAGUUUGCACAUUUCCGCACAUUGUACAAGCAAAAGUUCGUCAUCCCUGGUCUUGUUGAAGACUGGCAACCGCAGGGCAUCUGUAUGUUGAAGCCCGGUGUGAUUUUGCAGACUCUCUUUGGAACAGGUGUCAACAAGGACAAACAACCACUCAUCGUGGCAAUUGAUCAGAAUACUGGGAAACUGCUGAAGAUUUACGUCAUUGCAACACCACUGGACAAGCUAGAAGCAACUCGCUUUGGUAUCGAGAAUGCUGUUGAAUACAUUUACCUGUUUGGAGCGUACACGAAGAAAAAAUCACGGAACAGCAUCUUGCAUGCCAUCAAGAUAUCUCAAUUCACCUCCUCUCUAAACACUCCUGGGCCAUCCGAUGUAACUGUCGAUGAGCGAUACCGACCAGACGCAUAUGGCUACGGAAUAUUCUUUGAGCGUCAACGUGACGUGCUGUGGUUGGCUGAUUUCUACUCAACUCGUGCUGAACCAGUACAGAAUGUACCGUAUGGACAUCGGAGCAUACCUCCUGGUGGCUUAGCUGUUGCUAUAAAACUAGGCGUUACUGGUCUUCCAGCUGUUCCACCGUUCGUUACAGGCCUUCAGUUUUUCUCCAGCGAAGUGCUGAUAAUAGGGGAAAGCGUGCAAGAUCUGGUUGUAUCCAAACGCCAUAACGUCACCUAUGUUGCAUUGCUGAAAUGUAUGAAGAUCAUCGGAGUCUCUUGCCGAGUGGAGUUUCGACGAAUCCCCAGUAAGCCAACGUUUCCGUACCGCCACACCACAAUGAAGUCCAUAACAGACAAUCCAACAAGCCUUGCUCGCUCUGUUCACGUUCCCAAUGGAGCUUGCGGUCUUGGGUACACUGGAAUACGCUGGGACCGUCUGCUGAUCACCUUCAACAGUGCGAGUCAAGCGCAGAAGAAGAGUGAUACUAUGAUUCUGGGCACUAUCGACGACAAGACAUGGGUGUUCACAUUUCCCGUGAUGGAGCAGCGACUGGAUCCGGACAAGGCUGUCAGUCGAAAUGAGCUGUACCUCAAGGUACUGGAUCAAUUUGUUGUACCGACUAGAGAAUUGAUUCCAUUUGAUAGGAAAAAGAAGUACAGUGCCAGCAAAAAAACAAGAAACCGCAAGAAGAGGGCCGAAGAGGACUUCCAGGGUUGUAUCAAUAUCGGGGGUGUCUUGCUGCCCGCCAAGUACAAGGUCCUGUUGCAGAAAACAAUCUUUUUCACUGUUCUUGGCAUUCCGAUGGACUUCACUAUGGUCGCCAGAGCGGUCUGGGGAGUGGACUAUAAUGCUGGAAUCUGCUUGUUGGAUCGCAGUGUGAAGGGAACUGUGAUUCCCUAUGCACGACUUGACUUUGAUGGGUCACUGGCUGUCAAUUUAGUUCUAGUACGCUUCGGUAUUGCGCUGGUUGCAACUGUCAUGGAUACCAAGCUAUACCCAAUUGUAACGCUUGGCCUGACCGAAUCAAGUCAACUGAAAAUAUGUGUCUCAAUAGAUAUCAAAGCUACUGCACUAAGGCUGUCUCUGGUGGCAUUUGCUGAAUUCUUCCUUUGCUUCACAAUCAAAUGCAAGGGUGGAUCGGUCCCGAUUUGCUACCCAACUAUUAUCUUCUGCCCACCAACCCGCGUUACCCUCUAUUCAUUAUCGUUUGGUAAAAUAUCUAAACGGAUUUACGAGAAGUGCAGGAUUCCGCCAGAUACAACAGCACCUGAGCCAGGACAAGUAGAGGCCCAGCAAUCCUCUCAGACCACCCUCUACUCAACCUGGUCUGGAUUCAACGAUCCCGACACACGGGACUUGAAAUACUCCAUUGCAGUUGGCAGCUUUGCAGGAGGAGCCGAUAUACUGAAGUCAGAAAGCCAAGGAAACGCUGAAACUGCAGCCGUGCCUGGGCUUUCCUUCCCACACGGAAAGCAAGUCUAUGUGACGGUAACUGCGCGCAACGAAGAGGGCUUACAGACCUCGGUGACAGCUGCGCCAUUCAUACCAGACACAACUCCCCCUGAUGUCUCCGUAAGGGAUGGAAACCUGUCAAGCACAGCGGAUAUAGACUUUCAGUGGCGCACAGAUCAAAUCCAGGCCGUGUUUAGUGUCACUGACGAAACUCCAGUCAUCAACUCUCACUGGGCUAUUGGUAGGACCCCCGGCGCAAGCAAUGUCCAAGGGUUCACCGAUGCGGGCUAUGCCGCACUACUUGUCAAUGCCAAUGUCAACCUCCUACAUAAUCAACGCUACUAUGUAACAAUCCAAUCUGUUGAUCAGCUGGGAAUGAUCACGACCAAAACCUCAGAUGGAGUGCUCAUUGACACAACAAAACCUGCUGGUGGCACUGUCGCAGAUGGGUCCAUCACUGUGUCACGGGACCGCGAUUACAUCAUAUCGACCGUGAAUUUACAAGUAUCUUGGACUGGAUUUAGUGACCCCGAAAGCUCGCUGGCUCGGUAUGACUGGACGAUUGCUGACAAUACUGGAGCUGAGUUGUUUCAAUGGCGUACUGUGGGACUGAGGGCGAAUGCAUUUUCCAAUGGUUUGGACAUGAAACUCGGCCAGAAGUAUCGCACUCUGGUACGGGCAUGGAACAAGGCCGGUCUCUAUUCUAUUGUGGAGUCAAAUGGUUUUACUGUUGACUACACUGCACCGGUUUGUGGACAAAUACAAGAUGUGGUUGAUGGAGAAUCAGGUGACAUUGACUAUACGUCUGUGUUGUCGGAAAUCCAGGCAUCCUGGUCAUGUCAGGACGCUGAGAGCGGUGUUGUCAAGUAUCGAGCGGCUGUGGGAUCUUUCAAAGGCGGCAAAGACCUGCAUCCAUAUGUUGACGUCAGCGUCAGAACAGACAAUACUGGAACCGUCAGCUUCCCAUCACUGAAAAUACGUCCAGGACAAGUGUACUAUGUUGUGAUCAGUGCCAAGAAUAGGGCUGGACUGGAGAUUUCCGAGUUCUCCGAUGGAAUAAUGCUGGACAUAACUCCUCCACACAUUGCACGAGGCUAUUUGUAUGACACUCUUCCGUUGCUAUUCAGCAGAUUCGACCAGGAUUACCAAACGACAGCUGAGGCUGCUGCUCCACAGUGGAGGUUUGUCUUUCUCGAUUCUGAGAGCCCGGUUAUAUCUUACACAGUAGAGCUCCUGGAUAUGAAUGACAGAGUUCUGAAGCAAUCCACCUUUCCUCCUUCGAGCACCAGUGCAACAUUCUCCAAUUUACAAUUGGACAAUGGAGGGAUAUACAAAGCUCAGAUUAACUGCACGAAUGAAGCUGGAUUAUCAUCUUCAACAAAGACUGAUGGAUUCAUGGUCGAUGUGACAGCGCCUCGAAUUGGACUCGUCCGAGAUGGUCAAAACGUCGCUGAGGAUAUCGAAUAUUGGGAUUACGCAACAUCAGCAUUUGGCAAUUACAAGCUGUGUACAGCCACGAAUGCAUCCGACAGCUGGCCUCCCGUUGGCGCAAGUAGAACACCAAAUCCAUCCACGUGUAGCAACGAGUCCUGGUAUGACUGGGAGUCUGGCCUGAGCUACGCUGAGACGGCGGUGCUGUCCACGAACGGCAGCCUAGCCAUGCCGUGGCAAUAUGUCAGUGUGGACUUUGACAUGACUGGUAGGUCAGGUGACCUGAAGCAUGGACAUACGUAUACAUUUGCACUUCGGGUGCACAACAAGGCGGGUCUCCACAGCCAAGCACAAAGCAACGGAGUGACGAUUGACACUACUGAUCCGCUAGUCAAAGAUGUCUUUGUAGCCAAGCCAAAUCAAACAAAACCUCUCGCAUAUGUUACCAGCGAGUUUGUUGAUCUCACGGUGCACUUCAACACAUCCGACGAAGAAUCUGGAAUCAAAGAGACGACCUGGUCCAUUGGUACAUACCAUGGUGGAUCUGACUUCAUACCACCAACUAUGCCUCCUGUGGAUUCACUUCCGACCGUAAAUGUUGGUCCCCUUUUUGAUGGACAGUCCUACUAUGUGACAAUAACCUCUCGCAACGGAGCUGAUCAAAUAACCGUUGUGACGGCGCAAGGCUUUACUGCAGACCGUACACCUCCUCAGCCUGGUGUUGUUCUAGAUGGCUGGAGCGGCAUUGAUAGCGACUUUCAAUCCUAUAAUACUACUCUUGCAGCAGAGUGGAAAUGGACCGGUGAUAAUGUGGCUCUGGCAACAAGGGAAGUUGCGAUUGGAACAUCUUCCAAAGCGGAUGACAUUGUACCAUUCAAGGCUGUGGCAUUGAGUUCUUCAAAAACUACUCUCAGCAAGCCAGGAGGUCUGCAGAACGGCAAGAAGUACUUCUUGUUGAGAGAAACUGACCAGGCCGGCUUAACAACAGUGUCAUCAUCCGAUGGCAUUGUGGUAGAUGCCACUCCGCCGAUGUGUGCAGGUCAAGCCAGAGAUGGACUUUGGAAUGACAGCCAAUGGUUCUCACAUCUGACCUGGUUUUCUGCCAACUGGGACUUUUGCACGGACAGCGACACCGAAGUAAACCAAUACUUACUCGGCCUGACUGACUCACCAACAGAAAUGGUUGACAAGGUGAUGCCCUUCAAGUUGGCUGGAAAGUCGAAGAUGGCCAUUGUGUAUGGUGCUAAGUUAUCCCAUGGCGAGAAAUAUUACAGCUUGGUGAAAGCUGUGAAUCAAGCUGGUCACGCCACAUUGAUGAUAAGCAAUGGUUUCUCCAUUGACACUACACCACCAAACUGCACCUAUGUACAAGAUGGAAUGAGCGGCGAUACAGACUGGGUUACUACGUCUCCAGUAUUAGCUGUGAAUUUCGACUGCAACGACCCAGAGAGUGGAAUCUACAAAACCGAGUGGGCAGUGGGAACAGCACCUGGCGCGGCUGAUGUCAAAUCAUUUACAGUACUGUCGAACACGGUACGCUCAGCUCAAGAUCUAUCAGUGGCAAUGAAAGAGGGCACUCUGUACUAUAGCACAAUCCGAGUCACGAAUGCCGUCGGAUGGAAGGAGAUAUUUAGCAGCAAUGGCAUGGCUUAUGACAGCACACCACCAAUUGCACAGUUCAUCAAUGACGGUAACAAACGCCAGGUGGAUCUCAACUUUACCUCCAACAAUACCCACAUGGAUGCCAAGUGGAGUAUAAUUGACAUACAGAGUGGACUGCAGUCGCUGAGCGUGGGUGUUGGCAGUGGUGUUGGUUUAGCUGAUGUUAUUCCAUUCUUCAACAUCCCAAGUACAGCAACUACGGCUUCCAUUCCUGGCUCUUUCCUGCAGGGCUCAACGUACUAUGUUUCCGUGUUUGCAACAAACAAGGCCAAUCUCACCGUGUCACUGUCAACGAAUGGUGUGCUCGUCGACACAACACCUCCGCAGUGUGUGUAUGUCUACGAUGGUGUAGUGUACGGCCAGGAUAUAGCCUAUCAAAUGGCAACAUCCAACUUGGGAGUGAACUGGAAAUGCUCUGAUCCUGAAUCUGGAAUCCUGUCAACGAAGCGUUCGACGCCGACUACACAUCUCCACCUUCUCGGCAGGGCACACAAUGUUUCUUUGCUGAGCGGUUAUCUUCUUGAGUCUGGUAAGAAGUACAGUGUAACGCUAUCAGUGACAAAUCAUGCUGGCUUAAGCAGUAUCCACAGUACUAAUGGUGUCACAGUGGACAACACUGCACCGACAAUAACUAGUGCCAACUUCGUCUACAACAAGUCGGAAAACGUAAUGACGGGCGUUUGGUCAGCUACGGACAUUGGCAGUGGUGUGUUGAAUUUCAGCAUUAAAGUCGGCUUGCAGCACAACGGUGACGACAUCUUACCAAACACACAGCUUGGUAAUGUCACUAGCAUCUCGUCCGCGGCAUUGAACUUCACCAUACAAGCCAAUAAGCAGUAUUAUCUCACCUUGACAGUGCAGGACAAAGUAGGUUUGAAGAGCCUUCAUGGAACACGGGUAACUACUGAUGCAACUCCACCUGUGCUACAGGGAAAGAUAACCACAGCAAUCAUCUACCCGACAGUUAUAACCGGUUCAUCAACGACCAUUGUGGACUUCUCUGCACGAUGGUUCGGCAUUGUCGAUCCUGAAACCGACUUGGAUGCUAUCGGUCUGGCCGUGGUUUCAGUGAACAUCAGUACAAGUCAGUUCAGCUCACUCGCCUAUCAUAAUGUUCUACGACUGUCGACUGGUGUGUUGCCAAACAGAGACAUCGUCAAGAGAAUCUCAGUUUCGAACAAAGCCAUGUAUCGUGUUGUUGUACGUGCAACAAACGGAGCUGGUCUCUCAUCCUACAUGUCCUCAGAUUUGAUUACAGCAUCGUUUGGUAUCUUCAUUGCAGGUGUGGUGAACGAUGGACCCAACACUGAUGAUAUUGACUACCAGACAGUGGGAUCUGCUGCUUGGUGCAGCUGGACUGGUUUUCAAGAUCCCACGCAUGGUAUUGAUCGGUACGAAUGGGCUCUGGGAUCCAAGCCUAACAAAACUGAUAUAUUUGUGUUCCGAGAUGUGGGACAGCGCCUUUCAGCGGGUGACGUCCAUGGCUUGAAUUUCUCCGAUGGUCAGACCAUCUACGCCACAGUUUGUGCGGUGAAUAAAAUCAGUCAACGGAAGUGUUCCUCGUCGGAUGGAGUAACCGUAGACUUGUCACCACCCGGUAUUGGAGAAAUUAAACUGAGCUCGAGUCAGUUUGUACCGUCAGACACAGAGGUAAAACUCUCCUGGGUGGCUUCUGACAACCAGAGUUCAAUUUCUCAUUCGAUUGUAUCACUAGGAACAUACCAGGGAGGUGAGAAUGUUCUGGCAAAAACUAACAUCGGCAACAGAUUUGAUUUCCUCAUUCCAGGUCGUCUGGUCACUGAGCAGAACUCACCCAUGUAUGCAACAGUGACAGUGUUUGACGAAGCCCAACUAUCAGCUGUAGCAUCAUCAGUCAACUCCAUCAUUGUUGACGACAGUCCACCGCAGACCGGAGUGGUGUAUCUGAGGCGAGCUGGCAGCACAUUCAGUCUGGCAUGGGGCGGCUUCCAGGAUCUUCAAAGCGGAAUAGCAGAUUACCGGUGGUGCUUGGGAAGUGGAGCUAGCAUGUGUGAUGUUACCAAUUGGACCGAUGCAACCAUAGCAAGCACAGCAUCCACUCCUCCUCUGGCUACAUUCCAGGGUCAAACAGUGUAUGCAACGGUUGAAGCCAAGGACAAUGCCGGGCUCACUAGUCAGUCCUUCUCUGAUGGCUUAGUUGUCGAUGGUACACCGCCGGUUGUGGGCAUCGUGUGGGAUGGUCUUGGCGAUACUGACAUCGAUUAUCAAUCAGACGACCAUUACGUAGCAGCUUCGUGGACGGAAUUCACGGAUGAUGAGACCAAUAUCAAGUUGUACGAAGCAUGCCUAGGAACAGCAGCUGGCAAAUGUGACAUCCUGCCAUACAAAAACGUCCUCUUGGAAACCUCAGUCACCUUUCAUCAGCCGAUGGUGAUAGAGGGAUACAAGUACUUUGUGACGGUGAAGGCAACAAAUGAUGCUGGACUCUCAUCCCAGCUAACUACUGAUGGUAUCAUCAUUGACACUAGCCCACCAGAGAUGUCGACUAUCAUUGCAACAGAAGAUGGUGUUGAUCAUGUGGAAUACUCCCGUAGUACUCAAAUCACAGCAAAAUGGCUCUUCCAUGAUAACCAGUCGCAAAUCCUUACAUAUGCAUGGUCCCUGUGCCUGAGUGCAGAUCACAGCAACUGUCUUCAGAAUUUAACAUCAGUUGGGAGAGCGACGAACGCAACAAACCCCAGCCUUCGUCUUGUUGAUGGCCAAUGCUAUGUGGUAGUUGUGAGAGCUACAAAUAAUGCCGGUCUUCAAACGACUAAAGUCUCACAACCAAUCACAUUUGAUUCCACGCCGCCUGUGCCUGGAACUGUAAGAGACGGCUCUGGACUAAGUGAUUUGACCUACCAAACAUCAUUGUCUAUCAUCUCCGCGAGCUGGACAAGCUUUACUGACGGAGAGAGUGGCAUUUUAAGAUAUGACUGGUGCAUUGGCACAAGCCUAAGAACAUGUGAUAUUCUUCAUUGGAGCAAGCUGAAUGGCACAGACCUGAAAGCAAGCGCGUCUGGUCUAAGUCUGCAACAGACCGGCGUCUACUUUGUUUCAAUCAGAGCAACUAACAGGGCCAAUCUAUUCACAGUGGCACAUUCGGAUGGCGUUCAGGUGGAUACCACUAAGCCGCUAUGCUCAGCUGUACGAGAUGGCCGCCUGCCAACAGACGUGGACUAUCAGAGUUCAUCUGAUUUUGUCUCUGCAUCAUGGGAUUCGUGUACCGACCGCGAGAGUGGCAUUCUGCAGUACGAAUGGGCGGUUGGAUCAUCACCGGGAUUCCAUGAUUUACUGCCAUUCACCAGCGUAGGAUUGAACACCUCUGCUGGCGGGAUGCUAUGGACGCUGACGGCAAAUACUCAACUGUUCGUAUCGGUGCGUGCUAUCAAUGGUGCUGGGGAGAGUAAGCUGAUGACAACGGAUGGUGUAAGGGUUGACAACACUGCUCCAGUGUUCAGUUAUGUACGAGCCGGAGACAUCAGAUUAGGCAAAUACAGUCAAUUUACAAACCAGAAAUCCACUUUCUCCGCUCAUUGGCAGGCAGCAGAUGCAGUCAGUGGUAUUAUCAAGAAUGAGUGGGCAAUUUGUUCAAUUGGGCCAGCAGGUGAAACCUGUAUCCAAGACUUUGUGGAUGUGAAACUACGGAACAAUGCUACAUCAAACAAUGGGUACAUUCUCUCUGGAAUUUGCUACUAUGCCAAGGUCAGAGUAAGCAAUGGGGCAGGCCUCACAACAAUCACUACUUCAGAUUGUACAAUAUUUGACUGGACACCUCCUGAUGUGGUGACUAACACCGUAAGUGUAACAACUCAACCCGUCACGUAUGUGAGUACAUCGACAGUGGACGGUUCUUGGACAGGUUUCAAAGACACUCAAAGUGGCAUCGCUCAGCAAACAUGGUGCAUUGGAACAUCAUUGAUGAGUCAUGAUGACAUCAUGUCCUGCACACCGGUUGAUGUCAAUAGUACAACUGCUAGCUAUGAAUCUCAGCAACUGAAAGAGGGACAGCACUAUUAUGUAACAGUAAGAGCAGAGAAUGGCGCAGGAUUGAAUAGCAGUGUGCUGUCGAAUGUCAUUGUUAUUGACAAAACUCCACCACGAAUUGGAAUCGUCCUGGAUGGCUUGACCGAUCAGGAUGAACAGUACAGCAGCAACGCACUGUCUGUAUCUGCAUCAUGGGCUCUCUUCUCGGACAACAUCAGCAGUAUUGAUCACUAUGACAUGGCAGUGGGCACUGUGCCUGGAUUGGCAGAUAUACAUGACUGGACUGAUGCUGGUCUGUCUCUAGAAACUACAUUACCGUGCCAGCUAACAGCAGGAGUUCGUGUAUACUCCACAAUACGUGCCUGGAACAAAGCGCACAUUUCCAGUCAACUGUCAAGUAAUGGGAUCGUAAUUGACGAAAGCCCACCAAAUGCAGGCUUGGUAUGGCUGGAUUCAUCGCAAGGAUAUCAGUCGGAUUUGACACAGAUCUCAGCUAGGUGGACGGGGUUCAGUGAUCCAGAGAGCUCUAUUGCAUACUAUAUGUUCAAGGUAUGUGCAAUUUCAUCUCCAGUUUGUCCACAAGAGUUUGUCAAUGUUGGAACUCACACAAACGCCAGCAGCUCAGCCAGCCUGAAGGAUGGCGAAACAUAUAUCGUUGUCAUCCGAGCUUACAACGGUGCUGGCCUACACAGUGAAACGACAUCAAUGGCAUCAGUUACAGUGGACUCAACGCCACCGGAUGUAUCUUUCGUCUACGAUGGCUCAGUGUUGGGUGUUGAUGCAAUGUAUCAAACCAAUGAGUCAGAACUGUCAGUUAACUGGAAUAUCAAGGAGAGUGAAAGCCUGAUUGAAACGUUCGAUGUGUGUGCUCAUGAAGAAAGCAAUGACAACGAGUCCUUGACUUGCAUAACUGUUUUCGACAGGUUUGCAACAUCAGCCACUCUGUCAUUUCCUUUAUCAUCAGGCACACAGUAUGUCAUAGAAGUGACUGCAACAAAUUCUGCUGGAGUAUCAACUAGCGUGUUCACAGAUGGCAUUGGCGUAGUCACCAAACCACCAACUCCUGGUCAGGUGUCUGAUGGAAACCUGAAACGACAGGACAUUGAUUAUCAAUAUAGUGCGUCAGAGUUAUCUGCAUCGUGGUCCGGCUUCUCUGAUAAUGCGUCCGAUAUUGUAGAGUACAGAUGGACAAUUGGAACAACCCCACUGGCUGGCAACAUAUUACCCCUGACAUCCGUCGGCAAGGCGAGCGAAGCCAUCGCAUCUGGAUUGCAGCUCGGCCAUGGGCAGAUAUACUACACUUCGAUCACUGCGCACAACGUAGCUGGUCUCACGUCAACUGUAACUUCAAACGGGGUAACUGUGGACCGAACAAUACCGAUCGGCGCGUAUGUGGCUGACGGAAUGUCUUCUGAUCCUAUGGACGACAUCGAUUAUCAAGUGGAUACAUCUGUGUUAUCAGCAAGCUGGCUGGCAUUUGUGGAUGCGGAGAGUGGAAUAGAUCAUUAUGAGUAUGGUGUGGAAGAGCAGCGACAGAGUGAAGAUGGAUCAGCAUGGAGCCCACCUGUCUUGGUCCAGACGUUCAACAAUGUUGGCACCAACACAAGUUUCGUAGCGUCAUCCAAUGUGCUCGUCGGGGGAAGAAAGUACAGUGUUGUUAUCAGAGGUUACAAUGGUGCUAAGAGGUUUGUUGAGUCUCGAUCAGAUGGCUUUAUUGUAGAAACAGCAAGCCCUCAGUUCUCUGUGGAGACUUGGUCCGGCAGUGACAUUUACGGUACCGCUUAUGUCAGCAAUCCAUGGAGAUUAUCUUCCUCUAUUUCCCUGAUUCGUAAUCAAACGGAGGCCAACUCAUCGACUCAGGCUGAUUUAAAUAUCACUGUCGACUCGCUUGACCCCAAGACCUACUACCAUCUCUCUGUUCCAAGUGUGCAGUUAGCAAACACAUCUUCUUCCAGUAUACCACUACCAAAUGUUUCCCUUCCAAGUGGAGUCCCCAGCAACACAUCACUUUCCAGUACGCCACCAGCAAAUGUAACGUACAACUCCUCAUCGUCUCAAACCGCUUUCAAUCUGAGUGACGUUUAUGCCGCUCAGAAUCUGUCAUUGGGCACUUAUGAGACAUCCUUGUCACCAUGCUGUACUCGAUCACGUCUCUUCAAAGAUAGUUCGCUCUUUUCAAUGAAGCUGAACCUGCCGGAGGACAACAAAGGGCCUAUGUCUGUGUCGAUAUCAUCGACGGGAUUCAUAGUUAUCGGCUCAUCAAGUCAGUGUAUAGUGAUUCAUUCAGACAGCCCAUCGAAGGUGCUGUAUAGGAAGAAGUCAUCAUCAUCAGCACAACAUAAUGCUUCUGCUUGGAUCUCCAAAGCCCAUCACAAUAGCAUUGUUGCAGCUAAUCAUGACACCGUGGUAUGGCUAUCAUUCAACACCUCAACUGACGCUCCAGAAAUUCUGCUCUCCUUUUCAGUUGCAACCGUGCCAGAAUCUGCUGCAUUCGCUGCGUCUUUGGCUGCCUCGGCGAACUAUUUCAUAAUGGUUGUUGAGCUUAGCAAUGGCAGUCUUUUACCGUGUGUGAUAGAUACUGAUGGUGUCUUUUCACUUGACCAAUGCCUGCCUUCUCUCCCAAACACUGCUCCGGUACUGUUAGAUGCCGCUGAUGAUGUAGUUGUUGUGGCACAAGAAGGCCUCUCCAAUAUCACUGUUUACAUGAGAAGCUCAUUGGGCGAACUAUCACUGCAAGAGCAGAUCCCAACAAAUCCUGUGUCAGCAAUGCGGCUCUUGCCACUGCGAGGCGAGGUGUAUGUUGCAGUAUCGUCACAACCCAACAGAGCGCAGGUUAACGAAACCAGUACUGUUGACGUAUUUAUGUUGCCAGGGUUCAAUGGAACAAAGCGAGACACAGUACCACAAUGCUCUCUCACUGGCAGCCAUGGUCGACCAAACUUUGGUCGGUCAUUGUCCUGGCAACCAAGCUCUACGGGUGGUGUACUGGCAAUUGCAUACUCUAGUGCUCAAGUUGCUAUGGUGAGUGUCACGGCAACUGACAAUCAACUGACGUGCACCUCAAUUGGUGUGCUGCAGAGUUCGUUUGAUGAUGACACCGUCUCUGGGGAGGGUGCGAUCUCCAUGGCUAAUCAGCUACUAGCUGUUUCAACACAGAAUGGCACGGUCUACAUCUCACCCUUCUGCGAUCAGAACAGCACACGGUACUUUUCAUCUGACGCGCGCAAGCUUCCCGUGCAGUGCAAUACAUGUCUGGGUGGUGCACUGUCCAGUGGCGGAGUAAUGGAUGACUGUCGGAACUGUGAUGCAACAGCUACUUGCUUGGAGCUAGGUCAGGAACGAAUUAACACUGUUAUUGAUAUCCCAAGUGGAUCUGGCCUGCAACAGGCAGAAACCUACAUACUGCAAGUGCAUGCGAGCAGUGAUUCGGGAAGAAACAUCUCAGCUACAUCUGCAACGUUUGAGCUUGAUCUGACGCCACCAAUGCGUGGCACUGUGCUUGAUGGUGUCGACGGUAGUGAUGCAGAUUUCUUGAACGUGGCAAAGUUUGAUCUUGGCUGUACAUUUGGUGGCUUCGACGAUCCAGAGAGUGGAAUGCGUGACUACUACUGGUGUGUAGGAACAACUGUAGGCGCUUGUGAUUUCUCUCCAUUGGCACCGACGAACAGCACCUCGUUGGCAAUGGGGUGUGUUGGGUGCAAUGUGGUUCACGGCCAGAAAUACUAUGCGACUGUAGUCGCGUAUAACCAGGCCAACAUCUCAAUCAAUGCAAGCUCCGAUGGAUUUCAGGUUGACCUAUCGCCUCCUAUUAUCAGCUACGUGAACGAUGGCUACUUUCCGCCCGACCAAGAUCGAGUAGUUUUCACGGAUGCCGUAAUGACAAACUGGCAUGGCGAAGACCAAGAGAGUGGAAUCGACUACUAUAACAUUUCUGUAGGCACUGCACCGGGUGCAAGUGACAUUGCAGAUGAUGUGCAGAUUGGUGAUACUGACCAGUAUAUUGUGGCAAAUGUAAAACUGUAUGGCAAUGCAACCUACUAUGUUACAAUCACUGCCGUGAACCAUGUCGGUCUAACAACGAAUAUGUCAUCUAAUGGCUUCACCGUUGGCGAGACCCUCACUAAAAUCUCUCCUUCGUUCAAUAAAUCAACAUUCCUGUUCUUCCAGUCCACUGACCUCUCUCAGAGUGCUGGGUACGACCGAUCCAAUGAAACAGAUGACGAUGACAUGUUGGUCAAUCAAACCGGUCAGGUUGGUUCUUACAAGUUCAGCCCAGUCAACUAUACCGGAAAUAUGUCAGCGACGUCUAGGCUUCUUGGAGAUAGCGACUAUCCACAACCAGUUCCAUCACGAGGCCGCCGAUCUGUGUCCCAGCAAUACGCAAAUCCAGCUCUGACUGUUCCUAAGGGUUUGAUGAAUGCGAACUACUCUUUUGAAGUGAACGUUUUAGAUGACGGUGGGAGUGUCAUCACUACGCCUUUGGAAAUACGGCAGAACUAUUCAGAGGUCUACGUGCUCUACCGGGCCUUGCCUAUGCUAGAAGUCAAUUCCGAAGUCACCGACCCACUCAUAUCAUCAGAUGAGAUAGAUAUACAGAUCAUGAAGUGGGACCCUGCAUCAGGAGAGUGGCUGCCCACGUGCAGUUCAUGCAAUUCUACCAAUUCUACAUGGAUGGACAUAAACAGAAGGCAGAGAACUGCUGUGGCUAAAGUGGACGAGAUUCUCUGUCCGCAGCAGUUCGCAAUGUUCUUCAGCUAUGCUGAUCAGUAUGGCGUCUUCGGAAUGACGGAUUCAGAAAUUUGCUUAAGUGUUGCGGACACAAACACAACUGAACUGUCCUUUGAGCGCCGGAGAGGUGCAUACAGCUCAGUGAAUGUUACUCUCCAGGUGGAGACAAAGAAUGGCUAUCUUCAACCGGCUGUGUACAGAACCGAUGUGAUUCCAGUGGCUGAAGGACAAUGGAACUCAUCACUGAAAAUCCCCAUACUGGCACCGAAUAGUAGCACUGGGCUUGUAAUUGCCAGCUUAGUGUCAGCUGGUGAGUUUGGAAAGAUCGACCAGCCCAGCGUGUCCAUUCUUGUCAUCAAGGAGAGAAUUCCCAGUGGCAUUGUCGAGUUUGAUCACAAUGAAACGACUCUACUGGCGACAGAGGAAAGCGGCAAAAUCUAUCUAACAGUGCUUCGGCGAUGUGAUCCCUCCCAAGCAACUAGGGUCCACCUCAGCAUACGCUACCAACAGUACCCAAGUACUUCUCCAUCAGUUGCUGCUGCCAACUCAACUGACUACAUUGUGUCGGCAUUGACUAUUGACUUUGGACCGGACCAAACGAGAGCAAGUAUAUUCGUGGACAUACUUGAUGACAAUGUUCCUGAAUUGAAUGAAACUCUUUUCAUAGUUCUGCAGAAAACCGAGAAUGUCACACUGGGUGAAGUCACCGUCAUGCAAAUUGUUAUUCUGGAAAACGAUGACCCACACGGCGUGAUAAAGAUUGGCACCAGUAAUUACACGGUAAAGGAAGGCGCUACGGAGUAUGCUGUAGUCGAUGUUUUGCGCAGUCGAGGCUUGUUCGGAACGGUGCAAUUGUUCUGGGAUACAAUGGGCAUCUCCGCAUCAGGCUUAUCCAACACCCAAACCUUGUCUACCAGGGAUUUGCUAUCCAUGAUAAUGAGUGCGAAGAGUGGGACACUGAACUCCAGUGUCGACUUCAUUCCAACUUCGUCCGAUGUGAUCUUUGCUGAGAAUCAAUCCAGUGUAAAGCUGAAGGUCUAUAUUGUGAAUGACACCACACCAGAACUGAAUGAAACUUUCCUAGUGUCUCUACUGAGGGCCACCGGAGGAGCAACAAUCAGCAAGCCUCGAAACGCAACCAUCACUAUCGAGCCAAAGAAUGAUCAUAGGCCUGAAUUUGUUGCUUCCGCUGUCACCGCCAUGCUUCAAGAGGACACUGUGAGCAAAGCCAAUGCCAAUUUGCUCUCGGUGAUUGCUACUGAUGCGGAUCUUGGCUCGAAUGGUGACAUCUCGUACUAUAUUGAAGCAGCGCAAGCAAACUGCAGCUGGGUGACCAUCACUGCAGGCAAUGGAAGAGUUAGCAACAGCCGGCCACUUAUGCCCUGGAACACCUCCUCGUCAUGUCAAGUGAAUAUCACGGCCAAGGAUCACGGUAUGCCAUCACUAAGCUCUUCACUAUCACUCCUUAUACAGUUGAACUUCACAAACCGUUGCCGUCCAGGUACUAUCAGUGCAAACGGAGCACUGCCCUGUGUUCAAUGUCCACAAUCCACCUACCAGAAUGAGUAUGGCAGUAGCAAGUGUGUGCCAUGUCCUGCUCAGAAGGUCACCAUCGAUUCUGGAGCUGACAAUCUCACACAAUGUCUCUUUGUGUGCCAGGCGGGCUCGAAGUCACUGUCCAAGACUGGCCUGGAGCCGUGUCAUCCCUGUUCGCGAGGAUCAUACCAAGCACAUUCCAGGCAGAGUAACUGCACAUGGUGUCCAGAUGGUACUGCUACUCUCACGACGGGCAGCAAAGCAAUAACUGACUGUAUUGCGGACACCGACCAUGAUGGCAUCCCAGACAUAAUUGACAACUGCGUACGACAGAAGAACACGCUCCAAACGGACAGCGAUGGAGACGGAAACGGCGAUGCAUGUGACUGCGACAGCAGCCUUGCGUCAAGACUCUGCUACAACGGUGCCUACUGUAACACACUGAGGAGAGACUACGCAUGUAUUUGCUCCAUUGGUUUCAGCGGGGCACAGUGCGAGGAGGACAUUGAUGAAUGUUUAUCAGACCCCUGUGCGCCCGGCAGCACUUGUGUGAACCUUGUGGCCAUGUACGAAUGUCUCUGCGACAGUUCCCUUUCCGCUUGGGGCUAUAGAUGCAACCGUACGAGCCCAACCGUACGCUAUAUCUCUGAGGCAUCGCUCAUCGGGGUUCCUGUGGGACGUGUUUUACCAUGCAGUACAGAAGAGUUUGCCAAUGGACUUUUCUCAUACAGUGUAAGUGGGCAGAAUGCAUCACAGCUACCAUUCCACUUCGACGAUGCCACUGGUGACAUUGUACUGGACCAGUCGUUGGAUCGAGAAUCCACUACAUCAUAUCACUGUUCGGUGACAAUCACUGGAGUGGAUGUGCCAGCACCACGAAAGCCUCUGUCCACAACAACAGAGGUCAUAGUGGAUGUGCUGGAUAGUAACGACAACAGACCUAAAUUUGUACAAGACCAGUGGGUAAUAAGCAUCCUGGAGGGCACCGAUCCGGAUACCGUGCUUGCAGAAAUCAAUGCCACCGAUCCGGAUUAUGGCAGCAAUGGUACGAUCCAGUACAGCCUGGCUAUUGUAGACUAUAGUUUUCCAGUUUGGGAGGACAAUGAGAAUGUUACAGCAGUGGAAGUAGAGUAUGUCUCUGUGUCAAAUUUCUCAGACUCGGAAGAGCUCCAGUGGAAGCAAAAUCCCCUGUCAAUGAAUCCAGUUGAUGGCACACUUACACUAACAAGUAAUAUUUCCUGGCUGAGUGUAUCACAAGUCACAUAUGAACUACUUGCCGUGGAUGAAGGCUCUCCUCCGCUGUCUGCUAACCACUCCAGACUAGUUCUCAACGUCAAUGCUCGCAAUGAUUUCACACCGCAGUUCCCACAGGUGGCGUACACCAUUGAUGUGCUGGAGAACACCAGCGUCGGCAGCACGGUGUUCCAGGUUGUCGCAAGUGAUAGUGAUGUUGGUCCGUCGGGCGUUGUCCGCUACAGCAUUCACCCCAGUUUGGCAUCGCAGUAUUUUGAAAUACAGCCCUACAGUGGUGAUAUAUCAGUGGUACAGCCACUAGAUAGAGAAAGACACCCGCUCGGUCUAAUGCUCCAUGUUAUCGCUACCGAUCAAGCUCCCGCACCUACAGAACGGCGUUCAUCUAAAUGCACAGUGGCUAUCGUUCUGGUUGACGUCAAUGACAACAGGCCAAUGUUCCACACUGAAUAUGUGCAUAUCGUGCAGCGCUCAUGGGCACUCAAUCAGACGAUCUACCAAGCAAAAGCUUCUGAUGCCGACCUGUUGCAUGCUGCAGCGAUUGAGUUUCACUUGGUUGUGGAUGCAUUUGAUCUCUUUGAGUUCACAACCGGCGGAGAGCUAUUCCUCAUGAACAGUUUACCCGAUACAAGACCGAUUUCUUACUACCUAUUGCUACAGGCAAUUGAUAACGGUGUCACGCCUCUGUUCAGCUUUCAAAGAUUGGUGGUGACAUUUGUAGAUCCUUCCGAUACAACAACUGUUGGGCCUGUGCCUGUCCGAUAUGACCUUGCAGUUCCAGAAAACACGGUCGGAGACACGCACUUACUCAAUACUUCCGACAUUGUUGAGCUUGGAGGCAUUCCUCUAACAAUACAAAGCAAAUUCUCAUUUCCUUCACCCUCCGUUGCAGCUGCCCAGUAUUUCCGACUGGAUGGCCCGUUGGGUGAAGUUUUAGCGACAUCGUCUGUGGAGCUGGAUCGAGAGAAGACUCCGACAGUUUCCCUGCCACUGGAAAUGGAUGUUGACAUACUGAACUCUUCCACUUUGUUUGAUAUCAGAAUCCAGGUGCUCGAUGAGAAUGACAACACGCCGGAAUUUGCACAGAAAAUACAAUAUGCUAUUGUGCUAGAAGCCACUACUGAAGAAGAGGAACGUCCACGACAGAUCACUGUGGUGACAGCGAAUGAUGCCGACUCGGGCUCGAAUGCCCAGAUAUCCUACAGCAUUCAGGCCCAGGGAACAGGCGGUGAUUUUGACAUUGCAGCACACUCUGGCAAUAUGUCCACAAACGAGACAUUGGAGGUGUUCAGGCGCUAUUGGACCACUGUGCUGGCGCAAGAUGCUGGCCAUCCUUCGUUGUCGUCAACUGCAACCGUGAACAUUGUCAUGUAUCCGAAGUCAGCUAUAAGUGAAGUAACUCUGCCAUGCCUGAUUCCUAUCGAUAUUUACACUGCUCAAAGAGUGAAGUCAGCUGUACUGGAGCUUACAAACCGAUCCAGCGAUUUCUUUGCUUUUGUGUACAAGGCCAGCCACGUCGAUAAUGGGACAAGCCUUGAAGUGAUCUUCGCACAGCCGCUGACACCGGGUAGUGACAUACUGCCAGUCGUCGAUGCGGGUACAAGCUGGUCACAGAUCAGCAAAGUUAUGUGCGGAGUGGGUCUGGCUGCGCAGUCAUCGACUUUCUUCACACAGACUGUUAUCAUCGGGCUUGCUGCUGGUGGUAUGGCUGUGAUAGUGCUGCUAAUGGUGGUGAUCAUCCUGAUCAGGAGGAGACCAGGCAGGAAGGCGGUGUGGGAAACCGCAAAGAACAACUAUGACCAUCAGCAUGACACUGACGACUCUCUGGCAGAGAUGAUGACGACAAACUACCCCUCUGGACCUGGAAUGUCUGAAGAGAAAGAACAUGGCCUCGCCACUAUUCGUAUGCUGUCCAAACAAGUCUUGCCUGGCAGUGAUUUCGAUGAGGAUCGGGAUGAUGGAGAUUUCGAGUAUGACGAGGAUAUGUUCAAGAUUCCUGCAGACGUGAUUCCCAAUGACAUGGUCGCUGAAAACAAAGGUUUCGGGCUAUAUGACUUCCAGGAGGCAGAGACUUCGUUUCAGAACAGCGACGGGAAGGCUGCCCAAAUGGAAUUUGAGAACAUUGAUAGCGACCGGCACUUCAUUGUGAACCCUAUCUUCCAAGCUGCUGAAGAGGACAUGGAUGGGGCAGCUGCCGUUGCACCGUCAACGGGAGAUAAAAUGGCCUACGUAAAGUACACUGGAGCAGACCAGGAGCAAACAUCUACACCGAGUGGAUUGGAGUUCUCCAAUCCCUUGUUCAAGCUUGGUGGGGAGGAUAUGCAUCUUCCUCAGGUUUCCAUUGAAGAAUUGUGAAGCAACAUACGCACAAUACUACAUAGGGUCGAAGAUCAUGACCCAAGAUGGUACCAAUAAUGAAAAAAGUUGUUCCCAGCUAAGAGGCUGACUGCAAGGUGUGGUUUGAAGAUUUUUUGGAUCCAUGUAAUCUUCGUAAUCCACAAAUCUUCAGCAUAAUGAAUUUUUGUAAAAUCCAUUAGCAUCUGUAGUCUGUGCCUGCAUUCUCAUUACGUUGCAUGGCUGAAUGGGAUGUCGUCCUCUUACGUACAAAUUUUCCCUUGCAUGGCCGGUCAUGAAUUUUGUUGCCGCCAUGAUGAGUAUUAUCCAUGUGCAAUAUGUAUAAUAAUAUAAUAUGUCUGUAGCGCUCUGAAUAUACCAUUCUUGCAGCCGCACCAUGCCGCACGUGUAGGCUUCUCUGCUUUCUCUGUGCACAUUGCUCUACUAUGUAAAGCCUUUGUCAAAUUUCUCUCUAUAUACAUGUACAUGUAUUUACAUCUCACGUACUUGUGGCAGACUCAACGGAGGAUGUUCAGGUUGGUUCUAA